AGUACGUCUCGCGACGUCUUUCAGGCGUUUGUUUACAAAUAAUACUCAAAACCAAACCCAAAGACAAUGACGUCUUCGACGACACUUCUGCACGACUUGUCGUCGGAGUUGUCGUCAGUAAAGAGCGCCCGAAUCGCCGCUCAGGAGGAAUGCCGUCGAGAGAGCGCGAGACUCAAAGAGAUCGCAUUGUUGUGCGACUUCUUCAACAACAAUGGCCUCAACUCUCGCGAAGACUGUUGGAACCGAUCGUCAGAAUUGUCCGAUUUGUCGACAAUCGAGUCGACGACACGCGACGACAGCGACGACAACGCGGACGACAAGAGAGACGACAGCAGUUGCGAGACGUUAGACGACUUGCUUCUGGAGGAGAAACUCGUUUCCGCGGAAUUGACGUAUUUGUCGACCGACGCCGACGACGCGGACGACGACGACGACGACCUCAAGGAGUUCCAGAAGAUCGAGCGCGAGAUCAAAGUCGCGGAACUCGAGAAGUGUUUGCAGAGCGUGAAGAAGCAGAUCCACGACAAGAGCGAAGAGAAGAGGAAAAGGAAACGCCUGUCGAGCGCGCCGUUGGCCGACGCCGAGAGCUUCGACGACAAGGAGGACGACGCGGACGACAGGCGACGACGCGAGCGCUGGCAGAGACGCCCUCUGACGCUGUAUUUGCCGAUUGCGGACAAAGAGCUGGAUUUGACGCAAAGAAUCCGCGAUUUGGGACACGAUUUGAGUCAAAGACCGGAAGUCGCGGUUUCGGGGAAUUCGUGUUCCGGAAGUCUCUAUAAAUUGUGCCAAAACUCAGACAACAAGUGGAGAAAGCGGUUCUUCGUGUUCGACCGCGAGAACCAAUUGUUGGCGUAUUUCACGUCCAAAACCGAUUUCAAGCGAAACCGAAAACCCAGAGGCGUCGCUUUCGACGAGAUUCGCGACGUUUUCGUGAAUCACUCGCGAAUCAAGAGCUCGCGCUUCGUGUUCACAGUUGUGUGCGAUUCGCGCGCUUUCGUGUUGUCGUCGUUCCGGCCGGAAGUGAUGCGCAUCUGGAUCGACGUCAUCAUCACGGGAGCCAAUCACAGCUCGAAUCAGUUUCAGGAAUAAAUUUAAUUCAAAAGCAAAAUCUUUGUCAAAGUAUUCAAUUGUUGCGCGCGAACGCGAGACCACACCCACGGCG